AAGUAAAUAAAAGAGAUUAUUAAGUACUACAACUGCAACUGCAUUAAAAAGUUGUAGUCUUAUUUCCAGUAUCCCGAAUUUGGGUUAACGUGUUGUCGUUGUUCGCGUGUAAAAAAAAUAUUAUAUAUCUUUUCAACUGAUUUUGUAAAUUUUAUUAAUCAUGGGUCGUAUGCAUGCACCUGGGAAAGGUAUCUCCCAGUCUUCUUUGCCAUACAGACGAAGCGUUCCCACUUGGUUAAAGUUAUCUUCUGAUGAUGUAACGGAGCAACUUUGCAAACUGGCAAAAAAAGGUCUAACUCCCUCCCAGAUUGGUGUUAUCUUAAGAGAUUCCCAUGGAGUAGCACAAGUGAGGUGGGUCACAGGUAAUAAGAUUCUAAGAAUUCUGAAAGCAAAAGGAUUUGCUCCUGAUCUUCCAGAAGAUCUUUAUCACUUGAUCAAAAAGGCUGUUGCGGUGAGGAAACACUUGGAAAGGAACAGGAAAGACAAGGACUCUAAAUUCCGUCUCAUUCUCAUUGAAAGUAGGAUCCACAGGCUGGCAAGGUACUUCAAAUCAAAAAGGGUUCUCCCACCCAACUGGAAAUAUGAAUCUUCAACUGCAUCUGCAAUGGUUGCCUAAAAACACGAAUAAAGAUUUGUAACCUAA